AUGUCCUGCGUCUUCUCCAAGCCCCGCGGCCUCUCCGGACAAGCGCCGCAAGGGCAGGCAAUCGCUGAAAGCCUUGGACGAGUUGCUGGAGAAUCGCGUGGCGACUGCCGCAGAUCUAAACUGCCAGACACCUGUGACGCAUCCCCGCAUACUGUGGCCCGUCAUAUGUGCCACACGUCUCUGGAACCAUCUCAAGCCAGUGUGGCCCCCAAGAGACACCGCUUUCCGUACGAGACCAAAAUGUUGCUGGCAGUGCCUAUCAUUGUGAUAAUCCUCGGAUUCACUUUCCUGCUGCUGUACCAGAGGCCAAAGGCGCGUCGUGUUCAGUUCUGUGUCACGAAAGGUUGCCAGGAACACAGGGACCGUAUAGAAGCUCAGAUUGAUAAGGACGUGGAGCCCUGUGAAGAUUUUCGCGCUUACGUCUGCGGUCACUGGACGGGUAGUGGAAAGGCGUACCAGUCACGCUCCCAGAUGAACGACAUGCGCUUGCACUGGCUUCACAUGUUUCCAGAGACGCUGAGAAAAGGUUUGGUCCACUUUCCCGCUGGCAGGAAAGUUGAUGCUAUGUUCAAAAGCUGCAUGGCGCAAAAGGGGCCCAAAAUUGCCAUCAUAAAAAAAUUCAUGAAUGCCCGGGGUAUCCUCUGGCCAGAGAAAUCGCCCGAAGAUAUACCACCAGCUAUGGCCCUGUUCGACCUUUCCUUCAACUGGAACGCCGACCUCUGGUUUGCUCUGAGGGUUCUACCAGCUGUCCCAGGGAAAGUACAAAGGCGUAUAUUCUUCGGAACUAACGACGAGAUUGUACUAUGGAAAACUUUGAUGCAGACGAUCCCGAAGAAACACUUGGAAAGCGUGUACACUGGACUCUUUAGAAUAUUCGCUAACGACUCACGCAGUACGCCAGACAACGAUGAAAUGUCACGAACAAUUGACAUUCUCGAAUACGUUUUCAAUACCCUAGCGCCCACCGGUCCUUCCAGAACUCGCACGGGGGCCUUGUUUCGCCUGGGCGAUAUUGACAAUGUCACUUCUCUGCCCAUUGCGGGGCACAUGAAAGACAUGCUCAAUGCCGCUCUGAGAAUUACUCCUCCUGUCACAUUGGACGAACUGGUGCUUGUGAGUGACCUGUCUGUGUUCAACGGCAUCAUGACGAUACUAAGCCGAGUCAAUGACACAGCGCUGCUGCGCCAUGUGUCAUACCUCUUUGUAGAAACGUACGCAGCAGUAGCCUACCCAAGAAGCUUUCUGCUUAUAAUGUAUGGUAGUGAGGAACAUGCUAAAGAAGCACGGCCUCGUUUUUGCGCUCAUCGAGUCGAGCCAAGCUUCAAGCUUCUUCUAGCGGCCUUGGCUUCCGUCGCUCAUUUUUCGACUGAGGAACGGCAAGGUAUCAUCGAACAUCUAGAACACCUUGGGCAGGUGGCUGCAAACAAAACGGGUGCCACCUCAUGGUUGGACUCGAGGAUAAAGAAGCGAGCCGUGGAGAAGCUUAGCAGUGUGCAUACUGUCGUAUGGCCUUCGGAGGCGUUCUUGUCUCAGAGUCGGCUCGAUGAAGUUUACAAAGAUUUUCCCGAUGACGCCCCGUCUUUCACCGAGUUCUGGAUUGAGACACAUCGCAGACAGCGUCUGCUGUUCGGCACUGAUGCGGCUUCAGAAGAGCUGCUACUCGGUGACAAUUACGAUCUGCCAUAUGUCCGUUACAUAGAGGUACUCAACCACCUCUCUGUCUGCAUCGGAGCACUGGCACCGCCGCUCUACUAUCGAGAUGGCACCAUGGCUAUGCUGCACGGCGGCCUCUUGUACCUCUAUUCUCGGGCACUCAUCAGCGCCAUUGAAAGCGAGGGAGUCGAGGUAAGGGGGCACAAGGGUGAGACCCAAAGGAACCAGUGA